GGCUUUCGCAAGCGCAAAAUCUCGGACAAGCUCAAAAGCUUCUAUCAUUCUGGGGCAUUGGAUGUCACUGGAGAGCAGAUCUAGACCCAACUGGGGUUACUCUUAGGGCUUAGGGUAUGCAGAUUAGGGUGCUGUCCAGACCGCACUGCAAACCAGGACCCUGAUUGGCCCACUGGCCGCUGGCUCAUCCUUUGAAUGCUUGACUCAGGUUGGUUGUCAUGCUGGCGUCUGGAGGCAAGUGAACCCCUCCCGUGUUGGCAUUAUUUGUCCCUCUUUUUUUAUAGCUCCGUUUCCUGAUGCCCCUCACCUGUCACCGACUUCCUCGAGUGUUCUCCCAUUUCCUUACAAGAAGACCCAAACAACGAUUGUCGCUCUUUUCUCCUGUGGUUCUUCUCUCCAGAUCUAGAUCUAUGGCCACCGCGCGCCAACAGCCACCAUGGCAACAGCCACCCCUCCACCCUGAGGCCGAAGGGCGUCUUCCUCCUCUGAAAGUCUGGAACUCUUUAACACGCUCGAAGAACCCGUUCAUCCCCAUCGACAAGGAAGGAAAGAGAGUUUCCUGGUACGCAUGCGGGCCAACUGUCUAUGACGAUGCCCACUUGGGCCAUGCCAGAAACUAUGUUAGCACAGACAUCAUUCGGCGUAUCAUGCGUGACUACUUCAAAUUUGACGUCAACUUUGUCAUGAAUAUCACAGAUGUUGAUGAUAAGAUUAUCCUUAGAGCCCGGCAACAGCACCUGUUCACAGAGUUCGUUUCUGAGCAUCCUACGAUCGACGCCGAAGUUCUGGAUGUCGCCAAGAAAGCGUACACUGCCUACCUUAAGAAGAACCUUCCACUGUUGAACCCCAACCUGCCCGCGUCUCAAUACAAGGAUGAGGUGGAGAAGACCUACGCCGUCGUGCUGAACGGAGGACCCCUUCCCGGCAACGAGAGGGCCGGUGACGAUGAAGCGAAAACUAAAAUGCACAUCAAGACCGUUGCGUCGGCAUCAAAGGUGAUCGCGGAGGCAGAACGCUUGGGCGAGGCUAAGCAGCCUACGGGCUUUGUGGAGAAGUUCUACACGGAAGCCCAAGAUCUCCUCCUCCCAUAUCUGGAUUCAUUGAAGGGGGCAUCGAUCAACGCAGAUGACCAUAGAAUUUUCACCAAGUUGACGAAGAGAUACGAGGAUCGGUUUAUGAAGGACAUGCGUGAUCUGAACGUCCUCGACCCCAACGAAAUCACUCGGGUCACAGAGUAUGGCGCGGAGAUCGCUGACUUCGUGGAGAAGAUUGUGAAGAAUAAUUUCGGCUAUGUUACGGAAGAUGGUUCUGUUUACUUCGACAUCGACUCCUUCGAGACUGCUGGUCACCCUUACGCCCGGCUUGAACCCUGGAAUCGGUCGGAUAGCAAGCUUCUGGCUGAAGGAGAGGGAUCGUUGACUAAGAAGACUACGGAUAAGCGAUCGGCAUCUGAUUUCGCUCUAUGGAAGGCUUCUAAGCCUGGUGAGCCUAGCUGGGAGAGCUCCUGGGGUCGGGGACGGCCGGGAUGGCAUAUUGAAUGUUCUGCAAUGGCUUCCGCAAGGCUCGGUAAGCAGAUGGAUAUCCAUUCAGGUGGUGUCGACCUUGCGUUCCCUCACCAUGACAACGAGCUUGCGCAGAGUGAGGCGUACUGGGCAGAUGGUCAUUCCCAUGGCGAUCAGUGGGUGAACUAUUUCUUCCACAUGGGACACCUGUCCAUCCAGGGCUCCAAGAUGUCCAAGUCUCUUAAGAAUUUUACUACCAUUCGUGAGGCACUGGAAAGGAAAGAGUGGACCCCAAGGAGCUUGAGAAUCGUCUUCCUGCUUGGCGGCUGGAAGGAUGGUGUUGAGAUUACCGAUGACCUUGUCAGCGCUGGCAGCUCGUGGGAGGAGAAGGUGAACAACUUUUUCAUCAAGAUGAAGGACUCCGCUACCCUGCAAGGCUCAGGCUCGGAUGAUAGUCUUGCCACUGCUUUGGCAGAUGCCCAGAAGACCGUCUACGAGCACCUGUGCGACUCUUUCAACACUCCCGGAGCCAUGUACGCCAUCUCUGAGCUUAUCACGAAAUACAACAGCGCCGAUAAGUCGACUGUUAACCCCAAGGACGUUCAGGCUGUCGCACGAUGGGUGACCUCUAUGGUCAAUACCUUUGGUCUCAAUGGCACCGCCUCCCCCGACAGCCAGGAAAUCGGCUGGUCUGGCAUUGACGUUCCCGAAGAGGCCAAGGCGUUCCUCUACCCCUUGUCCUCCAUCCGUGAUUCUCUGCGACAAGCCGCACGGGCGAAGGGAGGAGUCGAUGCCAAGACUAUCGCCGAGAUUGUCGAACGUGAAGCCCUCCCGACGCAAGAGAUCACCGAAUCCAGCAAACCUUAUGCUGAGGUCUUGAGCAAUUUCCGCGCCAAGGUGUCGUCACUCGAGGAGUCGGAUAGCAUUAGCAAGGAGGUCUUGGCACUCUGUGACCGGGUUCGUGAUAUUGAUUUGUUCGAUGUUGGUGUCUAUCUUGAAGAUCGAGACAACUUGCCUGCCCUCGUCCGUCCGGUGACUCGCGAACUGAUCCAGGCUCGGGAAGAGAAGGCGCGGAAGGCGCACCAGAAGCAGAUCGAAAAGGAGAAGAAGGAGAAGGAGGCCCUGGAAAGGCUCCAGAAGGGCAAGCUCAGCCAUCUGGAAAUGUUCCGGACGAACGAGUAUAGCGCCUGGGAUGACGAAGGCCUUCCCACUCGCGACGCAGCCGGCGAGGAUAUUGCCAAGAGCCGGGCCAAGAAACUCCGGAAAGACUGGGAGAGACAGAAGAAGCUGCACGAGCAAUGGCUUGCCAGCGAGAUGGGAGCAAAAUAAAAUGGUCUAGAAUAUCUUUGCUCAUUUUUGGUUACAUAUGCUUAUACCUAUGCAUUGAUGGCGUUUUGUUGGUUCCCCCAGCCAUACAGGAAUCUAUAUACACACAUACAAUUCGGGAUGUGCUUUGCUCAUUUUAUUUUAUCGGUGUAUGCAGUUUUAC